UUUAAAGUCAAAUCAUGAAUAAUAUACAUCGAUAAAACGAUUAAAAAGGUCUUUACAGUACAAUGGUACGAUUUGAGGCUUAUUUUAGUUAUUCGUUUUAUAAAAGAGACUUUAGUUUAUUUUCGUAAUUACAUCAGAGCAGGUGCAAAAAAGCUUGAAUUAUUUCUAGAAUAAUUUGAUCACGAUGUCUCAAAAAAUUUCGGCGGUUAAAAUUCAGAUAUCUAAUCCUAAAUCAGUCGAAAGGGGAUACUCGCAUGGGAUCAGUAUGACUUCAACGGGUUCAUCAGUUAAAAGGUCAAAGGUCAAACCAGCCGCAGUUCGAGUGAAGUCGCCAAAAACUAGUGCUGGCAAAGGCCGGAGAAAGAGCAAAGGAGGGAACAGUGGUGCAGCUAGAAGACCCAGUCUUCUGGAGCAGAUUCGCAGAGACAGACUCGACAAAAUCAGGGAACUAGUUUACGAUCACGACGAAAAAGAAAUCAGAGAGUUCUUAAUCUAUAUUCUGGAUAAAUUACCCGGAGUGAUGUUAGACCUUGUAUCUUAUCACCAACAACCAUUGGUCGCGAUUUCAUCAAAAUCCCCAGCAGCCGAAAGUGAACAAAGCCAACGGAUGAGUGUCGCCAUGAGCAGAAUGUCAAUAGCUGCACAGCCGAUAGAAGAAAACGCGAAAGAAAAGCAAGAAAAAAGGAGUUUUGUCAAAAUGUUGGCAACCAUAUUAAAAGAAAACCAGUAGCUAGCUUUCAAUACAAUUUAGAUACUUAUUUAAAAUUCAGUUUAAAAAUGA